AUGCCUGUCAUACCAGUACAGUAUGAAAAUUUGAAGGCGAUUCUGCCGUACAUGGACCCAAAUACACGAUUUCAAAUCUCUUCCCGCAUGCCUUCAAUAAGCUCCCUUGAGAGCCGCAUACCACUGAAAGUCGAGAAUUUGACAUUUGCAGGUCCAUUUACGGAGGUGAAUAAGGUCUCCUACGAGCUUGCUGUAUACCGUGAUUAUGGACGCAACGAAACUCCUUCCGAUGUUCACCACAUGAAUCAAUGUGGAGGGUCUUCCCAUGACAUUGAUCAAUAUGGACUUAUCAUAUUUCCCGGAUUGAACAAGGUACUUCCAGGAGAUACCGAUUUGAGAACCACAGUCCAUCGAGAUGUUCCGGUUUAUACGGAGGAAUGGAAACAAGGUCUCGUGCAGCAACUGAGAAUAUUAAAACUGUUGUUAGCCGAACGAUUGAAUAAGGAGUAUAUUGAAGACGACGAAACCAGGAAUGCAGGAGUUGGUUUCAAUGAGACAUUUCGACAAAAUGUUACAUACUGGAAUUCGCUUGCAUUAGAACGGUUCAAGAAUAUCAUUCAUCCAUCAUCUCUUCCAAUUCGGCGACUGAAAGUUUCAAGUAGUGUUUUCGCUGCAGAUUUUCAACACGCGAUUGCGAGAGAGGCAAAAUAUUUGAUUAUCAAUAAUAUCAUCAAUGAUAAUCGAUCAUGGACCCCAAUUCUUCUGAAUCUGACUAGCCGAAGAGUCUUCUUAGAGAAUGAGAACAGACUGAAUCCACCAAAUAAUUAUAUGGGUUUGAUUGAGAAUUGGUUGGAGAGAGGACGCCCGGUUGGAACCACUUAUUCUAUGGGAAUCAAAAGCGAAGUGACCGUGAAGCAAUGUUUGGACACUCUGAAACAAAGACAAGAAGUUAUUGGAUCUUCUGAAAAACAAGUUCAACUUCGUAUUAACGCUUCAUUGAUGCUCAAUGUCUCUUAUGAAGCGAUUGAACAACCUGGAAGAUUACCGAGAGAUGAUCAAUCGAAGUGGUGGCUGAUACUGAAAGUUGUUCGUGGAAGAUCUGAAUAA